AUGUCCUCCGCCGCUCGUUUCGAUUCGUCGGACCGCUCCAGCUGGUACGUGGGCCCGGUCUCUCGGGCUGAGGCGCAGACGCGGUUGCAGGGGCAGCGGCAUGGCAUGUUCUUGGUGCGGGACUCGUCCACCUGCCCGGGCGACUACGUGCUCUCGGUGUCCGAGAACUCCCGGGUUUCCCACUACAUCAUUAACUCCUUGCCCAACCGCCGCUUUAAAAUCGGCGACCAGGAGUUUGAGCAUCUGCCUGCCCUGCUGGAGUUCUACAAGAUCCACUACCUGGACACCACCACCCUCAUCGAGCCUGCGCCCAGGUAUCCAAGUCCACCAAUGGGAUCUGGAUCUGCCCCUGCUAUGUCCACUGCAGAAGAAAAUGUGGAGUAUGUUCGGACUCUCUAUGACUUUCCUGGCAAUGAUGCUGAGGAUCUUCCAUUUAAAAAGGGCGAGAUACUGGUAAUUGUAGAGAAGCCAGAAGAACAGUGGUGGAGUGCCAGAAACAAGGAUGGUAGGAUUGGGAUGAUUCCUGUUCCAUAUGUAGAAAAGCUAGUCAGAUCUUCUCAUGGGAAGCAUGGAAACAGGAAUUCCAACAGUUACGGUAUUCCAGAACCUGCCCAUGCUUAUGCUCAGCCUCAGACCGCGAGUCCUCUUCCCUCAGUACCCAGUACACCUGGAGCAGUGAUCAAUCCUCUGCCAUCCACACAGAAUGGACCAGUCUAUGCCAAAGCUAUCCAAAAGAGAGUACCCUGUGCUUAUGACAAGACUGCGCUGGCAUUAGAGGUUGGAGAUAUUGUGAAGGUUACAAGGAUGAAUAUAAAUGGUCAAUGGGAAGGAGAAGUCAACGGUCGAAAAGGGCUCUUCCCAUUCACACAUGUCAAAAUAUUUGACCCUCAAAACCCAGAUGAGAACGAAUGAUUCCCUCUGCCUGAUUUACACUGCUGCUUCAGUUUCCUGGCUGUCAUUAGCAUUGUUUGAGGUGGGAUGAUGACUUAAUGGCACAUUGCUAGCAUUGCCCAUUUUUCCAGCUUGCUGCAGUUUGACGGUUCUUUGAAUAUACGUUUGGAAUACAUACAACUGAAGCCACUGCCCGACCUUCAUACCAUAGUUGCGUCAUCCAGAAUUUAGCUUCUCUUUUAAAACUUUAUUGGGCCUUAAGCUGGAGAAGACUGAACCAGUCUAUAGCAGAGAAGUAUGGGAAGAAAGCCUUUCCUAUUGAGACUUUAUGGACUUCUUCUGGCUUGCUCAGUAGGAAGAGCCCUAAUCUUAGAUCAAACAUGUAACUUGUGCAUUACUGUCCGAGAAAAAGCAACAACAAAAAUGCAAUUUUAGGACUGAAGAUGAUGUAGUUUUAAGAGAGCCUGUCCUAAGGUAGUACAUUUAAAAUGAUGGUCUCUUUAAAGGACAAUAAUUGAAGCUUGUGUAUUCUAAGCAGUUGUAUUAGAAACUGCUUUUUCUGUCACCUCUUAAGCUUGUUGUUGACCUUCCUGAAACAAUGUGUGUUAAAUGCAAAUAA